AUGUCGCUGUGCACCGUCGUCGAGCUGGCUCUCCAGUUUGAGAGCUUUCGGAACGUCGACCUCUUCCACCAAGGCCUCUACCACCUGAAGACCCGCAUCUAUCGAGAUGACGAGGGCCGGUCCUUGGCCUGCCCCUACAGCUACCUCAAGGGCCCUUCUAUGGCCAUGGAGCCGCCAAAGGGCAAGCCCCGGGUGGACCACCACAACUUGAUCCCGGCGCACCUCAACGAAGAGAUGUACACCUUCUCCACGCGUAGCUUCCUCAUCCGCUACUGCGAGGAGGAGGUCGAGCUUGGGGACGUCGGCCAGUUCCGGAUCGAGCUCAGCCCCUCCGAGCUGGAGCGGCGGAAUCCCCUUCUCCUCGAGGUGGAGCUCAUGUUUGCGGACCUCACCCAGCAUCCCUCUGAGCCUCUUGGUGAUCAGCCAGACGUGGAGUCGGCAGAGUUCCGCUGCGUCUCUACGCAGAUCCUGCGACUCCGCGGUGUGGAGAGGGGCUUGCACGACUUCUGCCCCGUCGUGUUCGACGAGUGCCACUUCUGCCUGCUGAACUUGGCGGUGCAUUCGGCCGUGGUGGAUCUGCGUUUCCGCGUCCGCCCGGCGUUGCGGAAGGCGGCGGCCACGAAGCCCAAGGUCGCGGGCCCGGCCCCUAGGGGUGCGAAGGAGUCGGAGGCGCAGGACCUCCGGGGAACCGGGAGCCAGACCUCCAGCUGCCCCAGCAGAAGCUUUUCUCGGCCGUACGCUGCCAUGGCACGUUCCUCCGCCUCCCUGCUGAUUGCCCUGGCGGCCGGCGCGCUGCUUGCCAAGAACAUGGGUCUGGAUUUUGUGGGUAUGCGGCCCUCCGUCCGAAGCUCCUCCGUGGCCAUGAGGGCGGAGGAGGGUGAGGAGGUCGAAGAGAAGGUCAUCGCCGAGGGCGACCGGCUCAGGCUCAAGGUCCAGUCGGCGGAGGGCGACGCGAUCCGGGAGGCGGCCUCCGAGGUCAUCCUCCCCAGCGCCAGCGGCCAGUUGGGCAUCUUGGCCAACCACGCCCCCAUGAUGUCCGCCCUCGACGUGGGUGUCCUCCGCUACAAGCAGGAUGGCAAGUGGACGCCCGUGGUGGUCAUGGGUGGCUUCGCCUCCGUGGACUCCAAUCAGCUCUCGGUCCUCUGCAACGACUUCGAGGCACAUGGGAGGAGAAGCACACUGUGCAUGCGUCCACAGUGGUUAGGGUUUAGGGUUUAG